ACGCUCCGCCGUAAGUAUCGAAUCAGAAAUGGCGCAGUUGCCUCCGAAAGCGCCGACCGCGCCGGUGCCGACCUGGCCGGACUUUCCCGGCCAGGCGGCGGCGUGGGUCGACGAGUUUCUCGACUUCUCGUCGGCUCGGCGCGGCUCGCACCGCCGAUCCAUGAGCGACUCCGUCGCCUUCCUCGACGGCCCCAUGGCGGACCAGUGCCGGAGAUCCUCCAUCAACAAUGACAAUAACGAUAUGAUCGUCGACGACAAGAGCUGCUGCAAUCCAGGCGCCGGCGCCGGCCACGACUUCGAGAGGUUCGACGACGACCAGCUCAUGUCCAUGUUCGCCGACGUCGGCCCCACCCUCUCCAACGACGACCCCUCCUCCUCGCCGUCCGAUCACAACAGCAUCAACGACGACGACAAGAUGAUGAUGAUGAUGAUGAUGACGAAUCAGCAGCAGGUGCAGCUCAAAUCCGAGCCCGACGAAGUGCAGAGCUCCUGCAGAUCUGACGCAUUCCUCAUCGCCGCCGCCGACGGCCUCCAUGCAACCUCCGGCGACAUUUCCGGCGAUAAAAUUGUCGAUCCAAAAAGAAUCAAAAGAAUUCUGGCAAAUCGGCAAUCUGCUCAGAGAUCAAGGGUUAGGAAACUGCAGUACAUUUCCGAGCUGGAACGAAGUGUCACAUCUCUUCAAGCUGAAGUAUCAGUGUUAUCACCGAGGGUAGCAUUUCUGGACCACCAGCGCCUGGUCCUCAACGUAGACAACAGUGUCCUCAAGCAGAGAAUUGCAGCUUUGGCACAAGACAAGGUCUUCAAAGAUGCACAUCAAGAAGCAUUGAAGAGGGAAAUAGAGAGGCUUCGGAAAAUAUACUACCAACAGAACCACCUCAAGAAUGUCGAUAUUGCUAAUGGGCCCGGCCCGAAAUCGCCAUCUCCAGCUGCUGAUACUAACUCUCCUUCUUCUCUUGAGAAAGAACAAAUGGCUGCUGUCGUCAAAUGAUCAUAAAUUCUCUCAGCUAAGGACUAAGGUUCCAUUAUAUUUGAAAUCUGAAGAUUGACGACUCGUAAUUAAGCCACUCAUCCUCACUAAUAAAAAGGCCCUUCUUUUUCUGGGCUUCUGUUAAUUAGGACCAAAAAAAUCUUCUUCACAUAUAUAUAUAUAUAUAAAUUAUCGUCCUUAUUAAUUAGGCUAAAUAUGGUGUGAUUAUAAUUAUUUUUUAUUAUUGCUUCAGUUUUCUUGGUCAGUGCCGUCAAUAUGUGAUUCUUUGAAACGUGUCAAUUAAUUUUCUCUGUUAGAAAAAGAAGGGUGAAAAAAAAGAAAAGAAAAAAAAAAAAAAAAGGCUAUCUUGUAUGUAUCAUUGGAUCGAUGUACUGAAGAAGAAAGCAUCUAUCAGUAAUCAUCAGUGUUUGUUUGUGA